AACGUGGAAACCGUUCUUCCUGCCGGCCGACGCGCCGGGCUCCAACCAGCCCAAACCGUUCCCACCGCCGGCCGUUUCCCCGCACCGCACACCACCCCACCCCACCUGACCUGAUCUGACCCACCGCAGCGCCGGCCCAUCCUUCCGGCCUGGCCCAAGCCAACGCGCGCCCGCGCUGCCCUGCCGAGCCCCAGCCGGCUCCGAUCCCCUCAAAGCACGACACCCCCACGCCGACGGCACCGCCGCACCACCGAACCCAAACCAAACCAGAUCGGAUCCGCAGCGAUGGACGACGACGACGACGUGUCCGACGACGCCUCCCCGUCGCCGGCGUCCUCCCAGGGGGCGCCCUCUGCGGCGCUCCCCGUCGCCGACCCCGUCACGGUGGCCGCCGCGCCGCCCGGGGGCGUCAUCGCGCUCGGGCUCCCGAUCCAGAGGACCGCAGCAUCCCUGUACGCCAGCGGGGGCGGGGGCGGGGGCAGCGGCGGGAGGGAGGACGCGUGGAGCGAGGGCGCCACCUCUACCCUCAUCGACGCCUGGGGCGAGCGCUUCGUCGCGCUCGGCCGCGGCAGCCUCCGCCACCCGCAGUGGCAGGAGGUCGCCGACGCCGUCUCCUCCCGCGACGGCUACUCCAAGCCCCCCAAGUCCGACGUCCAGUGCAAGAACCGCAUCGACACGCUCAAGAAGAAGUACAAGAUCGAGAGGGCCAAGCGGGUCUCCUCCUGGCAGUUCUUCAACCGCCUCGACGCGCUCCUCGCCCCCACCUAUGGCCACAAGCCCGCCGCCGCCGGCGGGCCCAAGCCUAACGGCCGCAGCCCGUUGCCCGUGGCGCUGCGCCUGGGCUUCCCGCAGCGCAGCCGCACGCCGCUGAUGCCCGCCGCCGCUGCAGUUAAGCGGAGGGCACAGUCGCCGGCGCCGUCGGCGUCGUCCGAGUCGUCCGACGGCUUCCCGCCGGUGCCGGCCUUCCCGGCGGCGAACGGGAAGAGGAGGAGGACGGACGAAGGGCGCGAUGACGGCGGCAGCGAGCGCGCGCAGGAGCUUCGGGAGCUGGCACAGGCGAUACGGCGCCUCAGCGAGGUGUACGACCGCGUGGAGACUGCGAAGCUGGAUCAGGCCGCCGAGAUGGAGCGGCGGCGCAUGGACUUCGCGCUGGAGCUGGAGUCGCAGCGCCUGCAGUUCUUCCUCAACACGCAGAUGGAGCUCACGCGGUCCAAGAAUCACGCGUCUCCUGCCGCGGCCACCGUCCCGGCCGGUGCCACCGGCGUUGGUGGCUCCUCUAAGAGAAUGUCAACGACAACCGAUGCCACAACCGAUGCCGGGGCCAGCAGCAAUCACCAUGGCCGGUACCAAAUCAGCCACGGUGACUGGCGCCCACAUUAUCAGUACGAUGAUGAGGACGACGAUGGAGAAGAGGAGAGCUAGUAAUGGCACUCAGGAGUCAGGAUAACCAGCCAGUGUAUCGGUGAUUCAGCAUGGUUCAAGAAUUCGUAUCGGCAUCGCCAUAGAGUUGCAUUGCUCCAAUUUUAACUUCUAUGUGAACGCAAGAAGAGACGGCAACUUGGGAGUAGUGGAAAUUGGCCAUCUUAGUGCAAUAGCUGAAUCAAUGCUUGUUCUUUGGAGAAGUAAUCAAUCAAAUCAUUAGAGUUGA